UAUUUCUCUCUCAUAGCCACUGACUUUGCUCCUCUCUGAUUACAGAAGAAGAAAUUCAAACUUUGCUCAUCUCUUCCAAAGCUCUAAUCUUUUUUUUUUCCCCUUUCCUUUCGUUCUCAUAGACGUCGAGACUAGAGAUAUCUUUCUUUUUUCUGAUCAAACGUGUUUUAUUUUUGGUCUCGGUCGUCUUCUCUCUCCCAGAGCAAAUCACUCCUUUAGAUUAUUUUCUUUAUUUUCUUGGCGCGGCUUCGGUAUCCCGUCUCUGGGUUUUCAUCUUCCGUCUCAGAAAACGAGAAAGAUCAGGGUCUAUGUGUACUGUUGAUAUAUUGCUUAAUUAGUGGAAUCGUCCCUUAAUCAACGGACAACGGUUUCUUUAUAAAGAGAGAGAGAGAGAGAGAGAGAGAGCAUGCAAAAUGGUUGCUAAGAAAGGACGUAGAGACUCUUCAGAUUCUUCUCCUUCUGUGGAGGUUGGAGAGAUAGACACAAGCUCUCCUUUUCAAUCUGUUAAGGAUGCUGUUAGUCUCUUCGGUCGUGAAGCUGCCUUUUCCGCUGAAAAGCAGCCUCUCGUUCGAAAACCCAGUCCCCAAUCCGCUGAGAAAGUUUUGGUGAAGCAAACUGAGCUUCACGUGGCGCAGAAAGAGCUGAACAAGUUAAAGGACCAGCUUAAGAACGCUGAAACAAUCAGAGAGCAAGCCUUGAGUGAGCUCGAGUGGGCUAAGAGAACUGUUGACGAGCUUACUCGCAAGCUUGAUGCGGUUAAUGAGUCGAGAGAUGCUGCGAAUAAAGUGACUGAAGCUGCCAAGAGUCUGAUCAAAGAAGCGAAACCAGGGAAUGUUUCUGUGUCUAGCCGUGAUGAUGCUGAGGGUUUGGAUAUGGAACAUUAUGGGAUGGUGUGCAAGGAGCUUGAUACAGCGAAGCAAGAGCUGAGAAAGAUCCGUCAGGUUUCAAAUGAGGUUUCUGAAACAAAGAAUGUUGCGUUAACCAAAGAAGAGGAAGCUAAAGAAGUGACUAAAGUUUAUUCAGAGAAGAUCGAGUUGCUUAGAAAGGAGAUCGCAGCUGUUAACGAAUCAGUUGAACAGACUAAGCUUGCUUGUUCUCAAGCUCAGAAAGAACAGUCUAAGAUUUUUGCAGAGAAGGAGAUUCAGCACCAAUCUUAUAAAGCUGGCAUGGAAGAGUCUGCCAAGAAGCUGCUCGCUUUGAAGAGCGAGUUUGAUCCUGAGUUUGCUAAAAAGCUUGAAGCGCAGUUAACUGAAACAUACAACGAGAUCGAUGAGUUGCAGAAGCAAAUGGAGACUGCGAAAGCAUCUGAUACGGAGUCUGUUAAUGGGGUGAGUCUGGAGCUGAAAGAAGCAAAGGGUUUACUAGAGAAGCUCGUGGAAGAAGAGAAGUCUUUGGAAAAGUCAGUGGAAUCUCUCAAAGCAGAGCUAGAGAAUGUGAAGACAGAGCGCAGUGAAGUUGAAGCCAAGGAGGCUGAGAUCGAAACUGUGGCUGGAGAUCUUAAUCUGAAGCUUAGCCAAAGCAAGAGUGAGCUUGAAGAAUGCGUUGCAGAGGAAGGUAAAGCAAACGCUGCUUUGGAAGAUAUGAUGUCAACCUUGAAUCAAAUCACUUCUGAGACGGAAGCUGCUCGAAGAGAAGCUGACGCAAUGAGAAACAAAGCCGAGGAGCUGAAGAAGGAAGCAGAAACGGCGCAUCUCGCGCUUGAGGAGACAGAGCUGAACUUGAGGGUGGCCCUAGAUGAAGCUGAAGAAGCAAAAACUACAGAGGCAAAGGCCCUUGGACAGAUAAAGUCCAUGUCUGAAAAAACCAACGCUGUACGCAACUCCACGUCAUCCGAGUCUGGACCUCAGAGCAUCACACUGUCUCGGGAUGAGUUCAAGUCUCUGAGCAAGAGAGCUGAGGUAUCUGAUAAGUUAGCGGAUAUGAAAGUGGCGGCUGCGCUGGCUCAGGUGGAAGCAGUGAGAGCUAGCGAAAACGAGACGCUGAAGAAGUUGGAGACGACGCAAGAGGAGAUCGAGAAGCUAAAGACUGCAACGGAGGAGGCACUGAAGAAAGCAGCUAUGGCUGAUGCUGCAAAGAAAGCGGUCGAAGGAGAGCUCAGGAGGUGGCGGGAAAGAGAUCAGAAGAAAGCAGAGGAAGCAGCGUCGAGGAUUCUUGCGGAGGCUGAGGCCAGGAUGUCUGUUGAAUCAUCACCGCAGCACCUCUACUACAAAGACACGAAACAGAAACCUGUUUACAAGAAGCUGGAGAAGACGAGAACUAGUGUGGUGUCAAAGAAAGUGUUGAUGCCGAAUCUAAGUGGAAUCUUUAGUAGAAAGAAGAAUCAAGCGGAGUGGGGUUCUCCUUCUUACCUCCCUGGAGAGAAACCCUUUUGAUGUAUUGCUUCUUUUCUCUUUCUUUUUUUUAAGAUUUGAGAACUUUUGUUAUUGUGAGCAAUGAGAAAAUUGUGUGCUAAAAGGCUGUUGUGGUUUGAGAUCAGAGAGGCAGUUGCAGCUUUUUGGUCUGUAAUGUGAGAGAAACUUGUGUGUUGCUGUAAAUUUGGAUCAAAGCUAUAUAGGUUUUUUUUUUCUCUC